AUGCUUCCUGCGGAUUCCCCCGGUCUGUCCCUCCACUUGCCAUUUGCUCAGCAUGUAGAAGAUGAUGGUGCACUCGAGUUGAAGUGGUCAGAUGAUUACAAAUUGCGAAAGCAAGCAGUGAAGGAAGCUCUCAAAGCAACAACCAGUGCUAAUGCAUCGUCCACUUCCCCUUCCCUGACACCCGGUGGUGUGGGUGCCUCUCUGAUAAACAAAAGUUCAUUACACCAUGGAUCUACUUCUGAGUUCCUCCCUCAAAUAAUCUGUCACCCAUCACCGGACUCUCCUGUUUCGAUUCAAGGGGUACUCAAGUCUGUUUCUGUUGCAUAUGGUCUUAACCUGGAACAAAAUCAUGCAUUUCACUUGGUCACCGAUCAUGCAAUCCUCCUACAUUCUGAACGUGGGCUGUUGUACAUGUAUAUGGGUGGAGCUGGGGGGACGGGCAAAUCGCAAGUGAUCAAAGCUUUAUCUGCAUUUUUCAUGAAGAUGAAUGAGAGCCGCCGUUUCCGCAUAUGUGCUUUCACUGGUGCUGCAGCCAAGAACAUCAAUGGCAGCACUUUGCAUUCUCCCCUCAAUUUGUCCCAG